AUGCUGACACUUCUCAUCUUUCUCCUUCUUUCCUGCAUCGCGCAAUCCCAAGCCAACGCACAGUAUUCUGCCCAAACGUUUUUCCCGGCCUCUGUUCCUUUAGCGGUGCGCUCGGCAUACAUGAACGUUUGGAUCAAUGGUGGUACAGACUCCCAGUUCUUGCCCGCACAUGUUCCAAUUGUCCCUUGGACCAAUGCCCACUUGGGUUGGGACAACAUGAUCGUGAUUGACGGGCAGCCCUACGCCACUUCUGGGGAUGCCAUCCACCCCAACAACACUAUCCCAGCCACUGUCAACGGCGUUCAGAUCACACCUACGCGUUCGAUUUACUCCAUGCAGGCAGGCCCGAUGGACAUCAAUCUCACAUUUCUGUCUCCGAUUGAACCCGACGAUUGGGUAAAGCAGUCUUUGCCAUUUGUAUACGUGUUUUUCGAGGCGUCUUCCCGUGAUGGUGCUGCACACUCUGUCAGUGUGUCGUCAGGUAUUACCGCAGAAUGGGCCACAGGAGACCGAAGCAACACCAUUCGGUGGACCGUGAACACUACGGGAGCGAGUACAUUCUGGGAAUUCGGCCGUCGACAGCCCGAGCCUUUCAAGGAGAUCAAUCAUCAAGCAGAAGACGGUACAGUAUACUAUGCUGUAUCAAAGAACCUCAGCGUUAGCUGGGAAGAAGGUGCUGCGACGAACGUCAACGAUGAUUUUGGCACCAAGGCCGUGCUCACGAAUAACAUUGCCGACCCCCCCGCCAAUGCUUCAGCGCCGGGUCACACUCCUCUGCUAUCGUUGGCUGUCAACUUAGGAACCAUCAAGAGUACUGCGGAACCGGUCGCAUGGGCGCUGGGAUACAUCCGCGAUCCUGUCGUGCAAGUGAACUACCCAACCGGGAGGAGCCAAAUGCGGAGACCGUACUACGCCACGCAGUACUCAGAUAUCAGCUCCGCUAUCGACUUCGUCAUCAUCGAUUUCCAGAACGCUCUACAGCGUGCGAUAGACCUAGACACGAAGCUCGUCAAGGAAGCGAGCCAAAUCUCUUCGCAAUACAGCGACAUUGUGUCCCUCGCUGCACGUCAGACCAUGGCGUCGUUGGACAUCACAGUGGGGGAAGACGAUCAAGGCGCUCUGAAUGCAUCCGACGUCCAAAUCUUCAUGAAGGACAUCAGUACGUCGGAAACUAACUCUGGCCCUGUCGAGAAGAUCUACGCGGCGUUCCCCGCGUUUCUAUGCAUGAACGCGUCCCUCGGAGCGGUGAUGCUCUCCACGCUUCUAGGGAUUCAACAAAGCGGCACCGCGCAGUCGUUUGCUUCUCCAGAUCUAGGUGGUCAGUACCCGCAAACCCAAAACAGAGCAGACUCUGGGCAAGGCGUCGAGCAGACCGGAAACAUGCUCAUCAUGCUCUUGGCUCAAGCGCAGGUUACAGGCGACGCAUCCCUUAUUGCACAGUAUUAUGCAAAAGAGAAACAAUGGGCCGAUUAUCUCGUUGCAAACUCCUUGCUCUCGGAGAACCAAAUAACGGCAGAGAAAGAGCCAGGGGUGAACAACAGCAAUCUUGCGAUUAAAGGCAUCAUAGGAGUGAGAGCUAUGGCUGAGAUCAGCCUGGCUAUCGGUGAGCACGACGAUGCCGAACAAUACAAUACCUCUGCUACGAAUCUCUACAACCAAUGGUUGUCCUUGGCAGUAUCCUCUGACAAACCCCACCUGCUCGGAACGUACAACGACGAAUCGUCAUCGUCUUUAAUGUACAAUCUGUUCGCGGAUCGCUGGCUCGGAACCGGCUUGAUCUCACAAAACGUGUUGACCAAUCAAACGGAGUUCUACAAGACACUCCUCACGGGAAGUACAGCGUUCGGGCCGCCCAUUGACAGUACGAAGACAAACACGAGUAGCAUCAUGUCCCAGCUCUUCGUGGCCGCCACAGCGACAGAUGUAGCCGUCCGUAACCAGUUCAUAGACGCGGUGUGGGCUCGCGCCAACCUGAGCACCACUGCAGGACCUUUACCGGAGGACUACGACAACACCAAUGGAAACAGUACUCCUGAUGGGAUCGCGGGCCCCGCAGUUGGUUCAAUAUUCUCAUUGCUCGCGUUGAAGUAA